GCGUCCCGCACGUCCACACCCCGAUUUGUGGGCCUCUCCCAACACGCUGUUGCAUUCCCACGCACAUUGCAAGCUCUGCAACGCGCGUGGCUACCUGACAGCUGCGGCAGCGGCGCAACAGCCAGGCGUAGCGUGCCGCCGCCAAUUCGGCGCUCGGUGUAGGAGGGUAGGAGGCUCCGCCGCCGCUCGCGCCCCUCGCACCCCGCCAUGGCCACCGACACUAGGCAGGGCAUGGAGGAGGCGGUCGUGGUGCUGCAGAAGGCCAGCACGGGGCGCAGCAAGUGUCGUGCAACCGGCGAGCCGCUGCAGCAGGGAGACUGGCGCGUGGGAUGGAUGGGCCUGGCGUGGCUGAAGCCUCUGGAGUUCCUGCGCAGCUGCUGGGUGGAGGUGUGCGCCAACCCGGGGCGCCGCAGCCAGGGCGCCUGCAAAGCCUCCAAGCAGCCCUUCCAGCGCGGCGACGUUCGGCUGGUGACCACAGCGGGGGAGCCCACGAUGCGUGUGUACCUCAGCCUGCCGGCGGCGGCCGAGAAGCUGCAGCCAGUGCUGCAGCUGGUGGGGCCAGACGCCUUCAGUCCCACCGAUGUGGCCGGCCUCGAGGACCUGCCAGCAGCUGACCGCGCCGCUUUCUUCGAGGCGUUUGGCGUGGCCAACAGCGAGGCGGCAGAGUUUGAGAAGGAGCACCCGCCUCCCCAGGCGCAGCCAGUUGUUGGGAGAAAGCGGCCUGCAUUAUCGGCUGCCAGAUCAUCAGCAGCAGCAGCCCGUCGGGAUGUCAAGCCCAGGAAGGCGGUCAAGCGCACACGCCGCAGCCGCUAG